CCAUCAACAAACGUCAAGGUGCAACAUAAAAUUGCAGUUCAAGCCACAUCUUUUAGAGCACAUUGCUAUAAUUUCAAUAAGAAACCCUAUUUAAUAUUUAAGUUUCAUAAUCUUGUAUAUAUAAGUGUAUGCUAAAAUGUACCCCGUUGGCCAACCUCCAACGGGGGAGACGAGUGCUGGUGCAGUAGGCGUGACUGGUGCUGUGACCGCGGCGGCGGGUGCUACAGCUGCAGCGCCCGGAGCUCCGAGCACCGCGCCAGCAACUGGGGCCCCGCCUCCAGUCGCGGGUGGGGCAGGCGCCAUGGCGCUUGUUCCACCAGCUGCGGCACCUCCUCCCGAUUUACCAGUACUAACAUGUCCACGCCGUCCUAACCUCGGUCAUGAAGGUCGACCGAUUAUGCUAAGAGCAAAUCAUUUUCAAAUAUCAAUGCCUAGAGGUUUUGUACACCAUUAUGAUGUUAAUAUACAGCCAGAUAAGUGUCCUAGAAAGGUAAAUAGGGAAAUAGUAGAAACAAUGGUUCACUGUUACAAUAAAAUAUUUGGCACAUUGAAGCCAGUUUUUGAUGGAAGGAACAAUUUAUAUACAAGGGAUCCUUUACCAAUUGGUAAUGAUAGAGUUGAAUUAGAAGUAAUAUUACCAGGAGAGGGAAAGGAUAGAGUUUUUCGUGUCACCAUUAAAUGGGUCGCUCAGGUAUCACUUUUUGCAUUGGAAGAAGCACUAGAGGGCCGCACAAGACAAAUUCCAUAUGAUGCUAUAUUAGCAUUGGAUGUAGUGAUGAGACACUUGCCUUCCAUGAUGUAUACACCUGUUGGACGUUCAUUUUUCUCAUCUCCUGAGGGAUAUUAUCAUCCUCUUGGUGGUGGCAGAGAAGUGUGGUUUGGAUUCCAUCAGUCUGUGAGACCAAGCCAAUGGAAAAUGAUGCUAAAUAUUGAUGUGUCUGCAACUGCGUUUUAUAAAGCUCAACCAGUGAUAGAGUUCAUGUGUGAAGUAUUAGAUAUAAGGGACAUAAAUGACCAAAGAAAGCCUCUGACAGAUUCUCAGCGUGUUAAAUUUACAAAGGAAAUCAAAGGACUCAAGAUUGAGAUCACUCAUUGUGGUACAAUGAAACGUAAAUAUAGAGUGUGCAAUGUUACACGUAGACCAGCACAAAUGCAAUCGUUCCCACUUCAAUUAGAUAAUGGACAAACAGUAGAGUGUACAGUAGCUAAAUAUUUCUUGGAUAAGUAUAAGAUGAAACUCAGAUAUCCCCACCUGCCGUGUCUCCAAGUGGGUCAGGAACAUAAGCAUACAUAUUUGCCUUUAGAAGUGUGCAACAUUGUCCCAGGGCAAAGAUGCAUUAAGAAGUUAACUGAUAUGCAGACUUCUACUAUGAUUAAAGCUACUGCUCGAUCUGCACCUGAUAGGGAGCGGGAAAUCAACAACUUAGUUCGUCGCGCGAACUUCAAUACAGACCUUUACGUAAAGGAGUUUGGUUUAACAAUAUCCAAUAAUAUGAUGGAAGUUCGCGGCCGUGUUCUACCACCACCGAAACUUCAAUAUGGUGGACGCGUUUCUUCAUUGGGUGGUCAGGCAUUACCCAACCAAGGUGUGUGGGACAUGCGCGGGAAACAGUUCUUUAUGGGAGUUGAAAUCAGAGUUUGGGCGAUUGCCUGCUUUGCACCUCAAAGGACUGUUCGGGAGGAUGCCCUCAAAAACUUCACGCAGCAGCUACAAAAGAUCUCGAAUGACGCAGGUAUGCCCAUAAUUGGGCAGCCAUGCUUCUGUAAGUAUGCAACUGGACCCGACCAGGUGGAGCCAAUGUUCAAAUACCUCAAGUCCACAUUUGUGCAGCUGCAGCUAGUUGUGGUAGUGUUGCCAGGGAAGACACCAGUUUAUGCUGAAGUGAAGCGUGUAGGUGACACGGUGCUCGGAAUGGCGACACAGUGUGUGCAAGCCAAGAAUGUGAACAAAACCUCUCCGCAGACGCUCAGCAACCUCUGUUUAAAGAUUAACGUCAAACUCGGAGGCAUCAACUCUAUAUUGGUACCAUCCCUGCGUCCAAAGGUGUUCAAUGAGCCGGUUAUCUUCUUGGGUGUGGAUGUGACUCAUCCUCCGGCUGGAGACAAUAAGAAGCCAUCCAUUGCUGCCGUUGUGGGCUCGAUGGAUGCUCACCCUUCAAGAUAUGCAGCAACGGUUCGCGUGCAGCAGCAUAGCAUUGACAGACAGGAGAUAGUGCACGAGAUGAGCAGCAUGGUGCAAGAGCUGCUGAUCAUGUUCUACAAGAGCACGGGCGGGUUCAAGCCGCACCGCAUCAUCAUGUACCGCGACGGCAUCUCCGAGGGACAGUUCAUCCACGUGCUGCAGCAUGAGCUCACUGCAGUUCGCGAGGCUUGCAUUAAGCUGGAGGCGGAGUACAAGCCGGGCAUUACGUUCAUAGUGGUGCAGAAGCGGCACCACACGCGGCUGUUCUGCGCCGACAAGAAGGAGCAGUCGGGCAAGUCGGGCAACAUCCCCGCCGGCACCACCGUCGACCUCGGCAUCACGCACCCCACCGAGUUCGACUUCUACCUCUGCAGCCACCAGGGCAUACAGGGUACAUCGCGUCCGUCCCACUACCACGUGCUGUGGGACGACAACCACUUCGGGUCGGACGAGCUGCAGUGCCUCACGUACCAGCUGUGCCACACGUACGUGCGCUGCACGCGCUCCGUGUCCAUCCCCGCGCCCGCCUACUACGCGCACCUCGUGGCCUUCCGCGCGCGCUACCACCUCGUGGAGAAGGAGCACGACUCCGGCGAGGGCAGCCACCAGUCCGCCUGCAGCGAGGACCGCACGCCCGGCGCCAUGGCGCGCGCCAUCACCGUCCACGCCGUCACCAAGAAGGUCAUGUACUUCGCCUAACGCACUGCUGCUGCUGUCACCACCUCAAAAACACAACUUCAACAAAUAAUACAAACGAGAGAAAAAUAUAUUAACUAUUUGUAAUUAAAACUAAUGACAAAAAAUUGUUGAAAUAACAAAACUAAACAUAUAGACACUCUAACCAUGCGUUGCAAUGCAGAACUGACAACUCUGCUUAGAUAUUGCAUUUAAUUUUGAUCACCAUCAGAUUUAUGCCUAGGAAACAUGCCAGUGCAGUUGGACAUUAACACAGAACUGGCCUGUAUUAGCUCAUUCAGGCUAGAUUUACAAUGCCAGUUGUGUGCCAGGUGAUUUUGAAAAUUGCUAGCAUAAACCAGGCAUAUAAUUGUGACCCAUAUCAAAUGUCAGAGAUACAUAAAGAUUUUUUUUUUUAAAUAUUAACGGUAAAAUAUAAAGACACACGAUUUAAAUGAUUGCUAAUUGUUUCAGUUUCUUAUCACUUUUAUAUUGUACAGACAAUCACAUAGGUCACUUUCUAAAUAGAUUUAGAUUUCAUUUCAACCACACUCAUCACAUGACAUUGUAAAAUAAGUAUUAUUUUCAUAAUCUUUUUUGUAUAAGUGUAACCGCGGCUUGACGUAACACUAACAUUACAGUAAGACUACCCUACUGAUUGAUUUCAUCAAUGGAAAACACCGUGGCAGCUGUAUAUCUGUCUAGAAUACACGCACAUUCUUCAGAAUAUGUACAAUCGGGAUAUCUGGCAGUGUUACAUCUGCAAAACUGCUCACUGUGAAAGUUUCGUACACAGUAAGACGACGACGUGGGUUAAUUAGAUUUUAUUAUGGUCAUCGAAUCUUUUUGUUAUUAUUGAUGAAUUUGUAAAAAAAGGUAGUGUUUGUCUCGUUUCCACAAAUGUAAAUUUCUCUGUAAGUCAAACACCACAGAUUCACGCGACUGUACAUCAAACCUUUAAUAAAUCCUGUAACAACCAGACAAAAAUAUUGAAUAUGCCUUUUACAUGAUGAAUAUUCUGCAGAGAAUUAAUUAAAUAUUCUCUUGUUCCAAAGGAGACAAUUUUUAUUUAUAUUUACUUUGGUUACUAGAUAUGAUUACAUAAAUAAAAUACAUGUUUCCCUAUUCACCGUCCAAUUACUGACAAAAGAACAAUCACUAAUACUGAAUUAUUAAUUAGUGAAAAAAAUCGUUGAAAAUUAUAGAACUACAUUUCAUGUUGAAAAUUUGUAAUACUUUGGUUUGUGGUAAAUUAGUUUUGCGUGUUUUUUUAUUAUAAUUUUUUCUCGAUUAUAAGUACGGAAAAGACGCGUAGCUACCUCAAUGGCUAGAAGGGUGGACAAUUGGAUUUAACCUACAAGUUAAAAGGAACAAUUUUUAAAAAUAUAUGUAAAGAAGUCAAAAAUUGUGCUAGUUGUAUAUUAGCAUAUCUCUUGUUAUAUUUGGUCAAAAGAUUACUGUCCUUUGAAAUCUAAAACAUAUUUUAUAGUAUGAUCUUUGUACUAAGGUAAUUAAGGCAAUAUUGUAGUGACUUAAACAAAAAAAGAUAAUGGAUUAUAUAGUAGUUGUUUGUUGAUUUAUUGAACUAUAGCUCGAAUUCAAAGCGAUUUUCUUCAUAAAAAAAAGUAUUGCAGUAGUUUUUGAGUUUUUCUGGAUCAGAGAACGAUUUUUUACUUUCAUUGUACAGACUGACAAUUAUUUAACCUGGUGAAUGAAAGAAAUAAUAAUGCUCACUAGCGCCCUCCUGUCAGUGUCAAAAAAGUUUCAUAACAUCCUUUUGGAAUUGUUGUCAUUUUUUUUUCCUUUAAUGCUUUUUGUACAUCUGCGAAGGUUUUAAGUAAUUCCUGACAGAACAAACAGAUAGUAACGACUCUAACCGAGUUAGAUCUUCUUGUUUGCCUAUUUCUUGAAUAUUUCACUUCAAUAUGAAUAGCAGCUUUUGAUGGCGGCAAUACAUUUUAGGAACUGUUGUAAGUUAGGGCAGUUAUUUGAGGCUAGGAAUGGUUGAUUUUGAUUCAACAUACACUACUUUUGCACAAAAACAUCAUAUAUUGUACGUUUUUUUAAUCUACGCGUAUUUAAGACCAUAAGUACGAAGUGGUAGGCUUAGGUCCGUAUUUUCACAUAUCUUUCACAAUGUAUUAAAAUGCAGAAUGUCAAAUGUGCCGUGACCAAAAUAAUUGGGACCUAAUUUAUGUGUCAUUUUAUUGGAGUCAAAAUAAUAGAAUGUGUUAUGGCAAUACAUAUAUUUCUUGCAACAUCCACUUCGGUUGAGUCUUCGAUAUGUAAAAAGUAUAUUAUUUAAAUGUAUUAUAGUUGUAAUAAUUGGUAGAUAAAAUGCGUUUCAAAUAAGAUUGUGUAUUUGCUUAAAAAUAUGAUAAAUCCGUUAUUUUUAAUAAUAUUUCAGAACAUAAAAAAUAAAAAUGUAAUUUUCAAUUAAAAUCUUUACUUUUCAGCAAUUUUUGACAUAUUGAGGUCAUUGAACCUCCCAUAUUAAUUCGAAACGCAUACUAUCUGUAGGUACUCCGGCUAUUUGGCUGAUCUAUAAUCGCGCGGUACACAAUUUAACAGCAUUGGAUAGUGUUGCUAUUUUUAACAAAAAAUAUACAUAAUCUGUUCUGAUUAUUAUGAAUUGGAUAUAAAUUCUAAUAAUUUAAGAAGCUCUUGAUUUUUUGAUUACUUUACAUGAAAUAAUUGUUAAUAAUUUAAUUCAAGUGAUGAUUUGUGAAAAAUAUGAUUAAAAUUGUUUAAGCAAUGUAGGUGUUUGCAAUAAUUCGGGCAAAAUAUCUGAAAUUUAUUGCCAUAUAAAAAUAUUUCAUAAGUUUCCCUUUAAAUAUUUUAAAAUACAUUUUGUUGAUUUUCAAAUUAUUUCUAUACGAGAAGUAGAUUAUGUAUCUUUCGUUUUGUGUUUGGUUUUUUCUAAAUUAAGUUCUUGCUAACGGAAUCAUUUAAAGCAAAAUGUCUCUAGGAUCACUGUCAGAUUGCCCCCUGGCUCUUAUUAAAAAUAUUUUUUUUUUUAAAUAUUACAAUGAAUAUUUAUAUCAAAGCUUUAUGAUCAUACGCUUGUAUGAUAUGUUACACUAUGCCAAAGAAAUAAUGAGCAAUAGCAAUAUUUAUAUAACAUUUUGAUAUUUAAUGCAACACUAUGCAGUGCCUUAAUGAAACGUUGGCAAUGAUUUAUUGUAAAGUUAACUAUGUGGAAUUCCUCGUCACAGAUAAUAGAUAUUUAGAUAGUAAUUUGAAGUAAGAAUAAAAAAGUUUCUUAAGUCUAACGCUUGUGUUCAAAAGGUCCCAUCUGAUAUUUUUUAACAGAAUCACAAUUAAAUAUGUCAAUAAAUAUGCAAAUGACCUUAAAGUAUUUUGUAAUCUUACAUUUAUUGUCACUAAUAUCACUUGAAUAAUUUGAAUAAUCGUUGGUUUUAGAAUCUAACUUUUGGAGUUUGUGAGUGCAGUGUAUAGUGUAUAAGUGUCGAUGUGUGUAACAUCGAUUUCAAUUUUUUUUACCACAAAUUACAAACACAUCACAUAUCUGAAAACAUUCUGCUUAUCACACAAUAAUGUUAUCUGUGUCUUAUGACGUAAUCGUAACGUUCAAUGUAGAAAAAGUUUAUUUCAUCAAAUAAUGUAAUUAGACUUAUGAACGUAUAACUUUAUUGUUGUAUGGAGGACAGAGAUCGUAUUGUAAAUGCGUAGAGUUACAACUAUUUCGACUCGACUUUUCUCGAUUUCUGUCAUUUAAUAUUACAUCUAAAAUAACCUUCUCAUCUCGUAUAUUUUAUGAUAAAAAAUUUAUACUUAUAUGGCUUUAUGGACAAAUUUAAAAAAUCAACAAUUUCUUUAUCACAAUGUUAAUAUCAAUCCGAGCUAAUACCUAAAACUGUCACCACAAGUCACAAACGUUUUUUUUUUCGCGAAAGAUGAGCCAGAAUCAGCUAUUUUUUGUGUUGACACUUAAAAGCGCGGGAAUUAUACUGUAAGUAAUAGCUAAAUAGUCUAGAUAGAUCAUGUAAUCGAUUGUUCUGAAUGUGUUUAUGUGUUAUGUAGAAACAUAUCUAAAAAAAAUUGCCUCACCACAUAUUCUUAAUGUAUUUUUUGUUAAUUGAACGGAACUCGGCUUUUAAAUAGAAUUUCAUUAACAAAUUCAAGUAAUAUAACAUAGUCUUCGAAUUCAGAAAACAUACAUGUAUUUAUAGAUAUAAAAAAUAUUUUGCAUUGAUUAUUUUUAGUUCUCAGUUAGGAUAUUGUCGUCUUUAACUGUAGUGUAACAAUUAAAAAUUUAACUUUAGUCUUAAGUCAGUUUUCACUAUUUUGGGACUAGCACUUUGGGACUUGCAACCGCGCCCUACCCUAGCGCCGGCACUGGUUGGGACAGUUUAGGGCCAUUCAAGUUCAAAUACAACUUUAACGUAUAUACUAAUUUAACGCGGCUAUAUCGUAUUAAUUUUAUUUUUCGUUUUCAUUAUAUUUUUUAGAUUAUGAUAGGUUAAAAAUAGCCUAGAUAACUCGGUUUGGUGGACUUCGAAUACAUGACAAAUCAGAAGUUGUCUCAUACUUGGCUAUUUUGAAGUUUAUGGAAAUCUAUUGUAAUGGCUGUGAUGAUUCCAUUGAGCUAUGUGAAGAUAAGCGUAAAAUUCCGACGCGAGUUAUUUGGUCCUCUUUGGCGCCAUUUUUCAGCUGUUUUACGCGUGGCUUACAUAUUCUGUUGUUCGCUAGAAUAAUAGUUUUGUCUUAAAUAGCUGUGGUGAAAUGAAUUUGGUUAAUAUAUCUGACAACUUUAUGUAAUGUGUCAUCAUGAGCUUAUUUUGUUUUUAUUGUUUUUUUUUUAUAAGAAUAAUGAUUUCUGUUUUAUUAAUUUUUUUGUUUCGUUUUAUGGUCAUUUUAAAACAAGAAGCUAAACUCUCGAUCUUCACACAAAGUCCCCAAACCUUAGAUAGACGUAAGUGUAAUUUUUAUUAAGUUAUUUUUAAAGUAAUUAAGAACUUAAACAAGGGAAACGCAUGCAUAUAUUAGAUUAAGAGGUAUAUAUUGAAAUGUACUUUGAGGAAUGUUUCGUAUAUCGGUUAUUUGGUUUAUUUGUUUCUGACUUAAAAAAAAAUAGAGUUUAUAUACUAUUCGUGCGCUAUAACAUGUGACCUGAGUUUAUGACGUAACAACUGUUUGUAGACAGCAGAAGUGGAACUAAUGUAACAAAAAUAACGUUAGUAUUGAAGUGCCGGUUCGUUGUAUUCAUGUUAUGGUGCACGUGUUGUAACAAUAUAGAUAAUAGAGCCAGGUAAAAUAGAGAAUCCUCUACGAUCUUCAGUAUAGACAGAAUAUCAGUUUAUAAGUGUCGUCACUGCCGCUUCUAGUUAGUUAUUGUUUUUUAUUUAUUAUUUGAUCUUUUCGCACCAAAUGUUUUUGUUUACGUGACAUGAAGAAAUGUCCGCAUAUAAAACUCGUAUUGAAAGAA